AGCAAGUGCAGGGAGGGCCCGGGGGCGCUGGGGCGAGGGGUGGGCCUUGGGUAUGCGGUGGGGCCCCUCAGCUGCUCUUGGUCUCCCCGAGCCCCCCAGGCUGGGAGGGGCCUCACUUGUGCCCUGGUACCUGGCUGCCCUCAUUCCUUCCCUCCCUCCCGCCUCUCCUCUCCCCGCCACCAAGGCCUUCCCGUUGGUUGUGUAAAGUGUACGCCAGUGACCCCACCAGCUCCCGCCCCUCGUCUCCACCUCCGCCUGGCCCUGCCUGUUGGUCUUGAACCUUGUUCCCUGAUGACCACACCUGACCACUCCAUGCCUCUUAGCUGUUGUGCCCGGAGCCCGCAGGGGAGGGAGGACACCCCAGUCCCCCCAAAACAGCUGGUUGCACCAUGUUCUCUGGGAGUAAGGGAGAAACAGGAAGGCUGGCCUCUGGGGAGAAGGGAUGGGAGGCUCCGGCACCUCCUUGUCUGUCCUGAAGGCAGAGAUCUGUGGUGGGUCAGAAGCAAUAGUGGUGACAGCUGCGAGUAGUCAGUGCUAUAACCCUGCAGUGCACUCGGGUGGGCGCUGUUAGCUCCAUUUUGUAGAAGAGGGAACUGAGGCUCAAGUCACAGGACGCGCCCAAAGUCCUGUUGGCAGUGGCACAGCUGCACGCGGACCCUGGCUUUGAGACCCCAGCCCACUGUAUUCCCGCAGCCCCAGGGCCCCGCUCCCAACACCUGGCACUGGCCAUGUGAUUCGCAUUGAACUGGUUUGGUUUCUUGCCCGUAACCCAUGCCCACCAACAAGUCUCUUUUAGAAGGAAAAUAGGACGCAGCCCCUGCUUCUAGAAAGGAGAGAAGAGUGGAAGGUCCCGCCAGCACUAUGCCCACACCACAUCCCCUGAGCACCCGCACCCAGGCUCCCUCACGCUCCAGGCUGGGCCCAGCAGGUAGGAGGGGUCACUGCUGAGGUGCCCCAGGAGGAUUUUCCCAGCUUCUGGCAAAAAGGCUCUGGGGUCCCCCCAACUCGGGCUCAGCCCCUCCCCGCUCCCCAGGGCUGGGAACACCAAGGCCAUAGAGAGUGGAGCAAAUUGGAAGCUGCUUCUCUGGCCCAUGAGGCUUAGAACAGGCCCUUGGAGGAUGAUACUUUUUGGUCUAGCACCCCCCUCCCCAUCUCCAGCGCUGAUACUGGUGCCUGUUGAAGGGGCUGUGGGCAGAGAUUCCAGCCUAGACUGUGGUCCCAUCCUGGACUCUGGUCUGAGCAUAGGAGGUGACUGCGGGGGUCUGGGAUUGGAACCCAGGGCUGGGGAACCAUUUGCAGGCCCCUGGACUGUCUAGGAUUUGGUGGACAGUCUCUGACCACCCCCAUCCUGUCAUUAACCCACAGCACUUCAGUACUUGGCUUAGGUCUGUCCCCAGAGCUUCAUUGUCCUUAGAAUAGGAUGAGACAAAGACCUAUCCCCUUACUGGGGUGUUGGCCCAGGGGCCCAAUCCCAGGCCUAGGCCCAGACCAGAGGGAGGGCAGCGCUGCGACUGCUUUGCUCUUUGACCUGUGGCUGCUGCAGGGUGAGUGCCCUCACUUGCCCCCCAUUCCCCACAAGGCCAGGCGUGUUGCACACUCACUGGCUCUCCACGCACCCACCCCAGCAGGCAGCUUCUCCCUGGCCCAGCCUAGAAAAGAAAGAAGGCAGGAUCUGGCUUCCCAGGUUUUUCUUUUCCUCUCCCCACCACACACACAAGCCUUUCUGAACUGGAUACUGCCUCCCACUUUCCCAUAAGGUGAGGGGUCUGGCUGAGCUCGAGUAAACCUGAUUUCAGUCCCUUUGUUAGAAACCCAAUUAGAACGGGGUCUCCUACCCUCACCUGGACAUGAGAGUCACUUGGAUGCUUGUUAAACAUACAGAUGGGCCCCCCCUCAUACUUGCUGGGUUGGGGAGUCUGUGUGGGUCCUAAGAUGAGGCCAGCUGCAACCCACUCCACCAGGAGAAAUUCGGGUGUUGUGCUAAGAGGGGCCAAGACCUCAAUGAAGCCACACUGGAAGGAAGUCUUGUCCUCAGAAACAGGAAUUAUCAGAACCCCAGAGAGGAUCUGUCUCUCUGUUGGAGACUUUUGUCAUCCAGAACCACAAAGGCUGAUGGACAAAGCACAAGGCCAGUUUGUUCCAGUUCAAUGACAGUCAAGUCUCAGGGGUUGGGGUUCUGUAGUCUCAGAAGUGGCUGCAUCGGGGCCUCUGUGUAUUCGUUUUAAGGAACAGCUCCUAGGAGGCAGGCUCCUCUCUUUAUUUCCAAGUUCCUGGGUGGUAUUUUCAUGCAACAUCUUUUCGCAAGUUAGAAAGUGGUGCUUUUCACACCUUUGACUCCCCAUCUGUCAGAAAGUUGUUUUAAUAAAAGUUUUGUUAGAAUAAGACACUUGACUGCCAGAAUUCCUGCCAGAAAAUGAUAAUAAAUAUACAAGCCCAUGAGGUUUGCAGUUUGAAUGGAAGCCCUUUAAAUAAGGACACCUUGUGCAGUUCACAACUUGUCCACAUGUGCACAGCAGCCCUAAAUCACUUUAGUUCACAAGUAUGAACAAAAUUCUUCAUAUCUUUGAUCUUGAAAGAAAAACACAUUUUUUUCGUGACAGAUGCAUGGUCCAUGCCUAACUGGUUUGUGGAAGGACUCUGUGUACUAAUCCUAGCAGCAGAGCCAGCUGAAUCCCUCUUGAACAUCCACUGAUGGCCUGGUUUGCACUAUUAAGAAAUUUCACUGGAAUAAUAAUAGUAGCCACUGUUUUUUGAGUGCAUGUUACUAUGUGGCAAGCACAGCUCUACAUGCUUUAAUUAACUCAUUUAAUACAGCUGUGAUCCACACAAGGCCAUGGAUUUUUAAACACGUUAUCGAAAUAAAAUACACCUACAGAAAAGUACACAUAAGUGUAAGCUCAAUGAAUUUUUACAAACUGAACACCAAAGUCACCAGCAUGCAGAUUGUGAAACAUUAUUACCAUCACUCCAGAAACAUCCCACACACACCCUACAAAAAGAACAGGGAUUUUUGUCUACUUUGUUCACUGCUAUAUUCCCAGUGCUUAGUAGAGCGGUGCCCGGCACAGAGUAGCUGCUUUCCCCCCCACCGCCGGCCGUACCACAGGGCUUGUGGGAUCUUAGUUCCCAGACCAGGGAUUGAACCCGGGCCCUCGGCAGUGAAAGCUCAGAGUCCUAACCCCUGGGCUGCCAGGGAAUUCCAAGAGUAGCUGCUUAAUAAAUAUCUGUUGAAUGAACGGAGCACAGAAAGUUUACAUAACUUGUUCAGGCCACACAUUUAGGAAGUGGCCCAGCCAGGUUUUGAACCCAGAUGGAAUGGCUUCAGUGCCCCGGGGCAUAGCCUCCAUGCCAUAGAAUCUUGCAGCCAUAGCUGGUUGGCUCGUCCACCAUCCUCCCCUUAGACAUGGCUCUCUCUUCUAGAAAGCAGACCAGCUGCUGUCCACUAGUCUAUUUAUGUCUUCAGAGUUUAAGGUUGGACAUGCAGUUAGGAGUGAAUUAACCAAGUUUUUCUCCCUUUUCAAAGUUUACAGUUUUGUAUAGCUUAAAGGAAGCUUGACCUUUAACGCUGCCCUCAAGACCUGGCUUCUCUACAGUGUCUUUAAGAGGAAUCCAAUUUUACUCAUUCUUUCUUUAAAAGUGUACUCUCCAUCUAUCAAGUUUAUCCAGGCCAACAGAGCUUAAACUUCCGCUAAAAUGGGUGUGAUUCUCUACAGGAGAUGUAGCUGCACAUUGAGACGGGAGAAGUGGGCCAACCAGCUCCAGGGGUGGCAACGUCUCCUACCAUCAUUACUUUUCUAAAAUAGAAAAGGUUCUCUGUCCAAAAAACAAACAGGACACUCAAAAAGCCAGGUGUGGGAAUUCCCUGGCGGUCCAGUGGUUAAGACUCUGCGCUUCCACCACAGGGGGCACGGGUUCCAUCCCUGGUCCAGGAACUAAGAUCCCACAUGCCACGUGGCCAAAAAUGUAAAAAAAAAAAAAAAAAAAGAAAGUAAUGUAGCCACCAUUAAUUAGUGUUAUAACCCACCAAUGUAGGGACCAAUUUUAUACUCAUUUGACGGGGCUUUAUUAAAGCAGAGUGAGUCAUAUCAUAUAUUGAAAAAGCUAAAAAAGGAUCCAUUGUAAUAAAUCUGCUAGCAGAGUUCAUGUGGGUGGGUGGCAUCCCAAUGGUCAAUCUGGACAGAUAGUCAGCAGAGAAGAGUUUUUUCCAGCGGCUUGGACUAGAGUUUGGAAAUUGGCAUCCCUCCUCUGAGCAAUGUAUUUCUACCUGUUCUGAAUCAAAACAAAACCAGCCAGAAUGUCUUCCAUUUGUAGUUACUCUUAUAUACAUAAUUCACAAUUCUAAGAUUUUCAUGUGUCCUCAAAUAGGUAUAGCCUUGGAGUUUGUCCAGUUGCAGCCAUGUUCCCAACCUAAAAUCUCUUUGCAAACAUACAUUUGGGGAUGAAGAAUUUAGUCUUUUCAGCCAGUUGCAAAUAAUAAGCAUUGCAUAUUAAAAAUAGCACCUUAUUUUCAGCUAAGUCAAACUGUAAAUUGAUUUAUAUUCUGUGACCUUCUGUUCCAUGGCCCAGGGUUAUCUAAAUUUGGGUUUGGGUUAUCUAAAAUUCACAUAGAGUAACCAAGUAAAACAAAAGGCGGUUUUGAUAUAUUUCAGUGGGUAGAAGACAUGGACAAACAAUUUAGCAAUGAAGGACUGCCAUUACUUGGUACAUUUUGGUGGUAAUUAAAGACGAUUACAACAAUUAAAUACAAUUUUCUACCCAAUGAAAUACCAAUGAAUAAUAUCUUCAUGUAGAGAAGGUUGAAACAAACAUGUGUUUUGGGUGACAGCAUCAAUUAAUAGAAAAAUUUCAUUUGGAAAAUAAUUUCAUCAUAACCAUCCACAUGUUCACUCUUUUGAAAAACUGUGGGAGCAUUUUAAAUGUUCAGAGCUUGGGGAGUGAGUAAACAAGUUGCGGCACAUCCUCUCAGUGUAGCCAAAAAAUGCUUAAGGCCAAGUAAUUUAUGGUCAAGAGAAGAAAAUAUGCUUUUGAUAGUUAAAAGCAAAAACAAAAAAGGAAAAAAGGCCCAUGCAAUUCCAUGUGAACUGUGAUCUCGACUUUUUAUUUAAAUGCCUCUGGAUGAGAAAGAAAUCAGAUAAUUACUAACUUCAGGACAAAAAUCUUGUCUUUGAAAUGAAAAGCACGUUUAGAAGCUAUUCACAACCUAUAUAUAUUUUUAAAAGCCAAGUUUACCAUCAGCAUUCAUAUUAUUUAAAAAAAUCGUAUUAUAGACUCCCUAGUACAGUGUCUUUCUAAGCCUGUAGCCAAAGACCUGUCUGUAGGGUCAGUGUGAGCACAGACUCCACUGCUUGGGCAUGGGCAGGCCCAUUUGAGGUCAUCUGUGUGCUAAAAAUAGAAAGGUAAGAAUGAUUACAUAUCUUUGGGGUUCUUCCAGCUCCCGGAUUCUAUAGAUGGUAAAAGGGGGAGGGGAUGGGGAGGCUCCUUUGUUCUAAAUUCCAUACCUCCGCUUUUUCUGAAGCCAGAAGAACAAAGACAGGUGGGGAAGGCUGUUCUUGCUGUCUUGGGCUUCCCUGGGUGGCAUCAUUUUCCUGAAUCCACCUCAGUCCAGGGUCUUGUCCCAGGAAGAGACCUUCUGCUUUGGGGAGGAAGGAUGGAUGUACAGUAACCAAACAAAACGACCAAUUUAUGAAGUGACAGUGAGCAGUAUGAUAGCAAGAGCACCAAGCACUCCCAGCCCUGACCCUGGACUUCACACUCUGUGGGCACCUCCAUGAAAAGCAGUUGGUCUUUAGAAGGGUGCUUGGUUGGAGAGGAAUUGGAACCAGACUUCACCUUAGGCAGCUCAAAAAAAAGCUUGAUGCCUCACCUACAGGACAGAGGAACACCUGCCCCCAGGUGGGUGGAAUGAUUCCUUGGGCCAGAACUGCUCCUGGACUUGAAUGGCCAAGCCAGCAUUUACCCAGAUACUCCCCAUUCCUUCCUUCCCUGGCUGACCAGGCCCUCCUUCAGCUGGACAGGUUUUUUUUUUAAGAUUUAUUUAUUUUAUUUAUUUUUUUGUCUGCUUCUGGUCUUAGUUGCAGCACGCAGGAUCUUUGUUGAGGCAUGCGGGGUCUUUCAUUGUGGCGUGCAGGCUUCUCUCUGGUUGUGGCGUGCGGGUUUUCUCUUCUCUAGUUGUGGCGUGCGGGUUCCAGAACGUGUGGGCUCUGUAGUUUGCAGCAAGCGGUCUCUAGUAGGCCCGCGAGCUCAGUAGUGGUGGGCUUAGUUGCCCUGCAGCAUGUGGGAUCUUAUUUCCCUGACCAGGGAUCGAACCCGCGUCCCCUGAAUUGUAAGGGGGAUUCUGUACCACUGGGCCACCAGGGAAGUCCCUGGACAGUCCUUCUUUAGAUACUCGAAUACCUUUUUUUCCCUGCUAGGGAGGGUCCAGCCCUGGGCGCCCAUCUCUGUGGACUUAAAGUUUCUUUCCAGCUUGGGGCGGGGGUGGAGCGGGCACUCUCACUUCUCCCCUUUCUCCUGGCCCUUCCUGGGCCCUCCUGAGACCUGGGUUAAGUGGGCAGGGGUCUGGGAGGGUCCCUUCCCGCCGAGGGAUCGGCCAGAGGGCCGGAUCUUCAGGCGGGCGAGAAGGGCUUGUCCAGGAUUGCCAGGCAGCGCCCUCCCCGCGGCCCGAGCAGCCGCGGCCCCGGGCCCGGAGCCCAGCAGGGGCGUGUCCCCGUGCUCACCUGCCAUUGGGCAGGUGGGGCAGCCGGAGCUUUGGCAGGGGCCGUAUUAUAAAUGCGGAGCCGGUGGCAGCGGAGCAAGGGACGUCGCAGAAUGGUGGACAGCGUGUACCGGACCCGCUCCCUAGGGGUGGCGGCUGAAGGGCUCCCGGACCAGUACGCGGACGGAGAGGCGGCGCGCGUGUGGCAGCUCUACAUCGGGGACACCCGCAGCCGCACCGACGAGUACAAGGCCUGGCUGCUCGGGCUGCUGCGCCAGCACGGCUGCCAGCGGGUGCUCGACGUGGCCUGUGGCACUGGGGUGGACUCCAUCAUGCUGGUGGAAGAGGGCUUCAGUGUGACAAGCGUGGAUGCCAGUGACAAGAUGCUGAAGUAUGCGCUUAAAGAGCGCUGGAACCGGCGGCACGAGCCUGCCUUUGACAAGUGGGUCAUUGAAGAAGCCAACUGGAUGACUCUGGACAAAGAUGUGCCCCACCCACCACGGGGUGGCUUUGAUGCUGUCAUCUGCCUUGGAAACAGUUUUGCCCACUUGCCAGACUGCAAAGGGGACCAGAGUGAGCACCGGCUGGCCCUGAAGAACAUCGCGAGCAUGGUGAGGUCAGGGGGUGUGCUGGUCAUCGAUCAUCGCAACUACGACCACAUCCUCAGCACAGGCUGUGCACCGCCAGGAAAGAACAUCUACUAUAAGAGUGACCUGACCAAGGACAUCACAACAUCAGUACUGACGGUGAACAACAAGGCCCACAUGGUGACCCUGGAUUACACGGUGCAGGUGCCAGGGACUGGCCAGAGCGGUUCUCCUGACCUGAGUAAGUUCCGGCUCUCCUACUACCCUCACUGUUUGGCAUCCUUUAUGGAGCUGCUUCAAACAGCCUUCGGGGGCAAGUGCCAGCACAGCGUCCUGGGUGACUUCAAGCCUUACAAGACGGGCCAGGCCUACAUCCCCUGCUACUUCAUCCACGUGCUCAAGAAGACAGACUGAACAAGCCCUCAGCUCCCACAGCCCUCUGCCCAGGCGCUGCCAGGCUCUGGGGAGGAGGGACCAGUAGUCCCACACCAAGCCCAGCCCCCUCCAGUGCAGAUCUUGGGGGUGUGGGGAGGGGCAGACUGCAGCUGGGGGACAGGGAUUUGGGUUCAGGCAGAUGGAAGGCUGAACAAUAUAGUUUAUGCCUUUUUCAGGUCCUGUA